ACCGCGAACUAGUAAUUUGCUCCGCACAACGGCGAAAUGUAGAUCCCCGUCGCCACGAGGUGACCGUCGCGCUCAAAGAGCCUGCGCUCAGACCAGUAUCCUCCGAAUGAGGAAUGAGGGAACACGUGACCUGAUGGUCCUUGCACCGACCAUGUGUCCCCGGGUGUCCCUUGCACACGCCAGAUGGUCCUCGCACUUGCCCUCAGUUGGUCUUCUCGCUCACCCUCUAGCGGUCUUCGCACUCUCCCUCAAAGGCCAAUCAUCGUGGACUCCUGGUCUUAGCGCCCACCUAUGUAUAGUCGAGCGUGAGCGAGCCUUUCUUCCCGCGCCAAUCAGCCGUUCUCCCUUCGCACCGCUCGCGCGAGUAUCACCAGGAGAAUAUGCCACCCAAGCGUCCUGCGUCGAUGAGCCCCUCCCUGCUAUCCAUCGCGGACGAGCCUCCGCGUUCUCCGUCUCCGCCCCCGACGCCGGUGCCUCGUCCUUCACGCCGCGCUUCUGCCAGUAUCACCAGAAAGACGGGUGGCAUCAAGCGCUCCACCGCCAUCCAGACUUCCCCUCCCCCACCCAGUACAUCCACCAACAAGCGCGCCAAGCUCGAUAAACGCGCCCUCCGCGCGCAGGCUAGCAUCAACUACAUCCUCGGUCAGGACCCGCUCGUGAGCGAGCUGGCUUAUACGGUCCCCGCGCGUGCAUCCGAUGUUCAGGCAUCCAUGGCCCGCAUCAGCCCAGAUGAGCCUCCCUUGACUGGCCCCGAGCUCCCCACGGAGCAACAGCGUCUGGUCUGCAAAGUCUGCAGCACGGAGGUGCGGCCGCAGGACGAGCUCAAUUUACUGGGGAGCUGGGCGAAGCACAAAAAGAUCUGCAAGGAGAAGAACAAGGGGCGGGCGGAAGAAAUACAGAGGGACGCGGAGAAAAGGAAGGAAGAGGAACAAAGGAAGAGAAUUGAGGACAUGAAGCGGGAGGCGAUGGAGAGGGCGGAGAGGGAGAAGAGGAGGGUGCCCAGAGGGGCCAGGAACGAGAGGGUGAAUGAGUGGGUGAAGAAUGUCGCGGCGGAGGGUGUAGAGCUGGAGAGGGACAGGAUGGUCGCGGCCGACGCGAUGGCCCUGCUGAGCGGGACUGGACGACCAAACGGGUCGAAAAUCAAUAACCAGGAAGCGAGUGCUGCGGUCACUGCUGGCACCGCGCCACAGAAGAUUAAGGAGGAAGACUCCGCGCCCUCAAUCCCAGCGUCACCUCUCAAAUCGAUAGCGAACGACCGAAACCAAGCACCGGAGGACGACAUGGACGUAGACGAGGCCUACGAAGCCGACGGCGAGAAGGACACGCAGGCGGAUGAGGAGACCGACGCCGAGUCCGAAGAAGAGACGGGGGCUGCGCAGCGAAUCCCGGUGACGGGCUGGCGGUACGGCCCUUACUAUGACAGCGGUGAGGAGGAAGAUGCGCCAACGGAGCCAGAGGAUGAUGGAGGCGAAGGCAAGCGGAAGAGGAAGGGAAGAGGGCGAGAUGGACUGCGAAGCUAGAUAAAAAAUCAUGCAAAUCAAGAUGAUAAUCCAUGUUCCGUUCCUCCUGCAAAUUUGCUUUGUUCGCGGUCGUGCCUGAUGUUCAUUUCCGCAUUGUCAUUUCGUCUUUACGUCUCGUGGCCUCAAGUAAUUCUAGCCCAGUUUAAGUACCCUUGAAGUGCAUCAGCGACGUCGCAUCCUCUCGUAU